UCAUAAUAUAAAAAAUAAACUCAAUUAUUACAUAAUUGUGAAUUAAUUAAUGUUGAACUGAUAUGAUCUCCGAAUUAAGCUUGUAAUAAUCCGCACACCAACAGUAUGAAUCUGUAUCUAGUAGGAUCAAUUAUAAACAAUGUAUCAAAAAUGUUCUUAUGGGAAAUCCGAACUAAAUGGAUCUGGGGACCAGAUAAACAAUCGAAUACAUGAAAUUGAUUUACGUAGUGAUACCGUGUCUCGUCCCACGGAUGCUAUGCGAGAUGCAAUGAAAAAUGCAAUUGUUGGAGAUGAUGUAUAUGGAGAAGAUCCAACAGUCAAUCAACUUGAGGAAAAAGCUGCAGCUAUGUUGGGAAAAGAAAGUGGAUUAUUUGUUCCAAGUGGAACUAUGGCAAAUUUAAUUGCAAUUAUGGUUCAUUGUGAUAAAAGGGGUAGUGAAUUGUUUUGCGGGGAUAGGAGUCAUACGUACUUGUUUGAGCAAGGCGGCGCUUCCCAAAUAGCUGGUGUGUUGUUAAGUACACUUGUCAAUAAAUCUGAUGGAACAUUCAGUUUGGAUGAAUUGGAAAAGAAAAUCCGUCUUAAUCCAGAUGUACAUGAGCCUUUCUCGAAUCUUUGUAUCUUUGAAAACACUCACAAUAUAUGCGGAGGAAGGGUUAUACCAUUAGACUGGAUCGAUGGUUUAGCAGAAAUUUGUAAGAAAAAUAAAAUAAAACUCCAUAUGGACGGCGCCAGAAUGUUUAAUGCGGCAGUUGCGAUGAAAUGCGAUGCAAAAGAAUUGGUUAAACAUUGUGAUUCAGCUUGCUUUUGUUUAAGCAAGAGUUUAUCUUGUCCCAUUGGGUCAAUACUUGUUGGAUCUAAGGAAUUUAUACAAAAAGCAAGAAGAAUGCGUAAAGUAUUGGGUGGUGGUAUGCGUCAAGUAGGAAUCAUAGCAGCAGCGGGUCUUGUUGCAUUAGAUCACAUGAUAGAUCGUUUAUCCGAGGACCAUGCAAGAGCUUAUGCAAUUGCAGAAGCAAUUCAUAAUUUAAAAAGUCCAUUGUUUACAGUGGACUUAAAAAGUGUUGAAACGAAUAUGUUUAUGAUUUAUAUGGAUCCUAAAAUAAUCACUGCACGCGAAUUUAUUCAUGCGAUGGUUACAGUUUCUGAAGAGGAACGUAAUAAUGAUUUAAACAUUAUUGUAAAAUGUUGUUCUCGAUUUCCAGAAUGGGUUCGAUUUACUGUUUAUAAUCAAAUAACUGACAACGAUGUGAAAUUAGUAAUUAAGAAAGUAACUUUUGUCAUUAAACAACAGUUCGAACAAACAUUACUAAAAUAAUAAUUGUUGAAAUAUCAUAUUAAAUUGAUUAAUUGAAACCCGAAAUAUUAUUUAUUAUUGUUAAUUUCAAUAAAUUAGUCUUCCAAAAAGUGUUAAACAAUUUAAAUAGUCUUAAACAAGGUUGUCAGAAAAAGUAAUACCAUCUGAAACGAAAAAGAGUCUAAUGUACUACUCUAAGCACCUCAAUAGCAAACACUUUUUAACGUAGAUCAAGCAUUUAAAAAAAAUCCUAAUUCGUUAAUUAACGUACUUUACAAAAUCAUUCCAAGAAUCAUCUUUGUGCCGUAAUUGCUGCCUUCUUUUGUAUUUGUAGACCUUAUUAAAUAAAUUUGUUUCUGUAGCAA